CUUCCGCCGUAGGUUGACGGAAGAGCGCUGCACGUGCUGGCCUGCGUGUACGCGCUGCGCGUUCGUCGUGCGGAGCCUCACGGAGACGAGCGUCUCCGAGUCGCAGCGCAGCCGCUCCCGGGGGCCAUGGAAGGCCAGCGAACCCCGUCUGUGUAGCUUCCGCACGGGCAGUUUGACGUGUGGCGGCGCGCUGGUCCUCGCUGCUGCCUGGAAGUGCGCAGUUUUAAGCGACGGGAAGUUCGCUAAAGGAUACAUUGUUACAACAAGAAGAAGUGUUUCUGAGGCGCGUGAUAAUUAAUUCCGCUCAGCGCAGCACUGUGUGUGUGACUCUUUUCCACUCUUCUAGACUAAAAAAGUAUCAUAAUAUCGUUGCGACGUCGUGGGACUCUGUGUGUGAACGUGACAAUGAUUCUGAAAAAAAUCCCAGCUUUCACACAUCAUGGUACUCGCCUGCUUUGCCUUUGGGUGGCGCGAGGACACGGCGUCCCCUUCUCCACGGUGCCCCCGCAGCCGGUGCCCCCUUUGGCCCACACUCUGCAGAGGUACCUGAAGGCUGUCGAACCCCUGCUGCCUCCGGAUGAGCUGGAGCACACGAGGGAGGCCGUGCGCCGAUUCGGCCAGGAGGGCGGCCUCGGGGAGCGACUCCAGCAGGGGCUCGAGAAGAGGGCCAGGCACUCGCACAACUGGAUCUCUGACUGGUGGGUGCAGUGGGCGUACCUGGAGAGCAGACAGCCGCUGGCGGUGCACUCGAACCCAGCCAUCGCCCUUCCCAAGCUGGACUACUCUGACUGGAGGGGCCAGCUGGUGUUCGCAUCAAAGUUGAUAGCAGGAGUCUUGGAUUUCAAAGCCAAAAUUGACAGCGGCCGCUUGCCGGUGGAGUAUCUCAGGGGCAGGCCGUUAUGCACGGAGCUCUUUCCUCUCCUUUUCUCAUCCUGCCGCAUCCCUGGACCAAAGCACGAUUAUGUGGCCCACUACAGCAAAGCCCGUCGGGCUCCCACGCACAUCACCGUGGUUCGGAACUACCAGUUCUUUCAGCUGGAGGUGUACAACAGCGAUGGCACACCUCUAACUGAGGGACAGAUACACUCCCAGCUGUGUAGGAUCAGGUCUCAGUCCUGGAAAAUGGACAAAGAGCCCAUGGGCAUCCUAACCAGUGAGCACCGCAACACCUGGGGGCAGGCCUACAACCGCCUGCUGAGAGACAAGAUAAACAAGGAAUCAGUGAGAGCGAUUGAGAAGGGAAUUUUCACAUUGUGCCUGGAUUCCCCGGUGAUGAGAGUCUCAGAUGAGAAGUAUUCAAGUCGAAUGGCAGCCCAGAUGCUACAUGGGGGAGGGACUUACUCCAAUAGCGGCAACCGCUGGUUUGACAAGACACUGCAGUUUGUGGUGGGAGAAGACGGCUCCUUUGGGUUGCUCUAUGAACAAGCUACUGCUGAAGGCCCCAUCAUCUCAACUUUACUGGACCACGUCCUGGAAUACUGCAAGCAGCCAGUCUCUGUGAGAGCUCCCCUGAUCCCGCUUCCCAUGCCCAAAAAGCUGUACUUCUACAUUGAUCCUGAGAUCAAGAGAGACAUUGAACAGGCCAAGCAGAGCCUUGACAUCCUGAUCAACGACCUGGACAUAAAUUGCUUCACUUUUCGAAGGUUUGGGAAGGACUUCCCCAAGUGCCUUGACCUGAGCCCCAACUCAUUCAUCCAGGUGGCCCUCCAGCUGGCCUAUUACAGGGUCCAUAAUGAAAUUUGUGCCUCCUGUGACAGCGCCUCCCUCAGGAUGUUCCGAGGAGGACGCACAGAUUUCAUCCGCUCUCCCACCAUUCAGGCCCUGCAGUUUGUACGUGCUUUUGAUGACCCGUCCGUCUCGAGGGAGGGUAAAGUGGAUUUGCUGAGAGAAGCCGUGGAGGCUCAUGCUACUCUCACUGAGCAGGCGCUGCAGGGGCAGGCCAUUGACCGUCACCUGCUGGGUUUGAAGCUGCAGGCCAUCGAGGAGGGACUGAGUGUGCCCAAGAUUUUCAUGGACACGGCCUACGGUCUCGCCACACACUGGAAGCUGAGAACAGGACAGGUACUAUCCAACACGGACAGCGUGAUGUGCUUCGGGCCACUGGUUCCGGAUGGAUACGCUGUGUGCUACAACCCGCAGCCGGACCACGUCCAUUUCUCCGUCACGGCCUUCAACUGCUGCGAGGAGACGAAUGCCGAAACUCUUGCCGUCACUGUGGAGAACACCCUGCGUCACCUCCAGGAGUUGCUGCAGCCCUCCGCGUAGGACCGGGUUCGGCCACGCCGUCGGCCGUGUAAAGUUGUGCCUUGAGAUCACGUUUCUCAGGAGUUUCUGUGCUGCAUACACUUACGUGUAAAGAACAUCUUUACAUAGACACAUGGUGUUUGUUACAUGCUUGCAUUUGAGUGUGUUCUGGAAUUUCAGCCAUAACACUAAGUUCACGCAGCGGGUUGCCGAUGGAGGAGGAAACCAAACCGGCCCGUACCAAAGCAAGACUGUGGUGCGCUGCCUAGAUCUUCGUGCUCCAGGUGCCCUUGCUCUCGAGCCGCUUGAGGAUUUCUACACUUGUGGCGAAAUGUUGCUUUGAAAGGACCAAAGAAUGUCUGAAUUAAUCCUGUCCUGGAAUUGUAAGGGUGCAACGAAACCGCGGUUUGUGGGAUUUUUCCCAUUUUGCUUUUGUUGGGGGUGGAGGCUGAUAAAGGUGCUCACGGGAGAUUUAUUCAUGUUGGAGCGCAGCGGUUGGGCAAGGCGAUGACUUUGGUGCAACCCAAGUUACCCUGGUGCUUAUUCCCCAUUUAGUUACUGCUUUUUUUUUUUUUUUCCUCCCCCAUUAUUGUUACU